AUGAGGGCAAGGGCUUCAAGCCGUCAAGAAGAUGAACAAGUGGUCCUUGUCAGAACAGAUCGAAGUGGAAGGGCAUGGCCUGUGACCGCACCAACUGAACCACAGGAGCCAAAAGGAGGACGGAGAAAGCAACAGAUGGUCCCUACUCAUAUAGGUAAAGAAAGAGUAAGGUAUUUUCAGGAUGAUGAUAGUAUGAACCUGAAAGAUUUGGUCAAAAAUGAGAAGAUGAGAACAGCAGAGGAUCAAAACUCACUGUUCAUGCGUAUGGCGUCAAAGCUCAUGGAAAAAACUGACAGAGAGUACUACACUCUGGAUGACAUGUUUGUUUCCAAAGCAGCCAAAAGAGCCCGCAUUGGGGAAGAGGAAGAAAUACAAAGAAGAAAAGCAAUACAUGAGCACCAGCAGCUUGCUGCAUGCAUGGAAAAGUGCCCGUACUGCUUUGAUAGCAGUGAACUUUCUAAACAUCUUAUUAUUGCCAUUGGCACCAAGGUAUACUUGUCUCUGCCAAGGCACCAGUCCCUUACGGAAGGUCACUGCCUGAUAGCCCCUCUGCAGCACCAUACUGCAGCCACUCUUUUGGAUGAAGACAUCUGGGAAGAAAUCCAGAUGUUCCGAAAUACGUUGGUGAAAAUGUUUGAAGCUAAAGACUUGGACUGCGUGUUCCUAGAAACAAACAUGAGUAUGAAGAAACGGUAUCACAUGGUGUAUGAAUGUAUUCCUCUUCCAAAAGAAGUAGGAGAUAUGGCUCCAAUCUACUUUAAGAAAGCUAUAAUGGAGUCUGAUGAAGAGUGGUCCAUGAACAAGAAGUUAAUUGAUCUUUCUUCAAAAGAUGUUCGGAAAUCUGUUCCUAAAGGAUUACCAUACUUUGCUGUGGACUUUGGCCUUCAAGGAGGAUUUGCUCAUAUCAUUGAAGAUCAACACAAGUUCCCUCAUUACUUCGGAAAGGAAAUUAUUGGUGGCAUGCUGGACUUGGAACCACAGCUCUGGAGAAAAGGAAUCAGACAGAACUUUGAGGAUCAAAGGAAGAAGGUGUUGCAGUUUGCACAGUGGUGGAAACCAUAUGACUUUACCAAAAAGAAAGAAUGAGUACAUCCCUGCAGUCAAGGACUAUAUAAGCCAUAAAUUAUAUUAAAGGAUAUGUCAUAUGUUAAGAAUAACAGCAAUGUGUUAUGUAUUGCUAAUAUAUUUUAAAACCAAGGAUAUUGUUUAAUUGCUGAUUACCUAUUUCCAGCUUGGACACUGUGGAUCACAUGAACCUGCAAGCCUGACAAGCCAGAAGUGUACAGUGUUUUUAGUUUUUCAUUUUUAAGCUGAGCCAAAAGAAUUGGCUAUUGGAGUUCUUCAAAGUGUAGCUUCUGCUUUUGGAGUUUUUAUAAUCUUUGAGGCAACUAAUUUUUUUAUAUUGUAUUUAGUGUAGAGCCAGUGCUUAAUUAUCAUGGUGACUUUUUGUAGAAAAUGGUGUACAUUUUAAGAAUAUUUUGAUUAAUACAAAUAC